CGUUCGUUCAUUAUUGAGAAUGACAGCCUAGGUGGUAGCUCGUAUGCGUGUGUGAGUGCGUGCUGUCGUGCGUCUCGGCUUCGGCAUCUCCGUAGGAUUUCCAAGGGGGACACUCUUAGGAUGACGGACGCAUGAUCUCGCAGCGACAGACUUCGACGGUGCAUGUGUGAGUGAGUGCGUGGUGACACAGGGUAUACUGCGGCGUCGUUCUCCGUCGUUCUAGUCGUGCGGUUGCGUCCAGGGAAGACCCUCCGUAGGAUCACAAGCGCUUUGCGUGGAUCUUUUGGGGGCUCAUGAUUCUGCCCUGCCGCAACAACAGUCCACUGCACGAUACUUCAAAUCAUACCAUGGGCCAAAUGGGAAUAAGAAACACUCAAGUGCUGUUUAUCGAUGCGCUUUGCCAAAGCAGCCACCUGGACCUACUCAUGGGCUACCACUCAGCCUACCAGGGUCCAUUUCUCAAGACACAAAACUUCAUCCUGAAGAGCGAUGGGCCACUCCCAUACGACCAAAGACAUUACAUCGCAAUCAUGGCAGCAGCAAGGCACAACUGCAGCUACCUGGUGAACAUGCAGCGGGAAGCAUUCCUGUCCCCGGACGUUGCGGGGGACAAAUCGUGGCUCCAGGGCUUGCAUUGCAUUCCGAAGAAGUUGAGGGACCUAGACGAGAUCAACAAGAUUCUUGCUCACCGCCCUUGGUUGAUAACAAAGGAGCACAUAGAGAAAUUAACCAAAGGAAAGAACAACUGGUCCUUAUCGGAGGUAGUGCAAGCCAUCGUGAUCCUUGCCCACUUCCAUGCGCUGUCCAGUUUCGUGUUUGGUUGUGGCAUCAACGCUGACAUGGAGGAGGAAACGAAUGGAACAGUUGUCUACAGUGCCAAUGGCGACUCGGGGGUGCCAAUUAUGAAGAAUGGGCAGACCACUGUAGAAACCAUCAUGCAGAAGAUGAAGAACAUCUCUGAACAACGCUCCAACGAGCCAACGUUGGAGGAGAGGGCUCGCUGCUUCCAUACGGAAUGCAAUGGUGGCGAACUCCCAGCAGCUCGGCGCAGUGUCCCCAGGAACGACUUGUCUCACUUCGUUACGGAUGCUGACUUCGGCUACCAGGACUUCGCCCGACGGGAGGUCUCUGAAAUCCCAACAUUCCGGAUACAGGACUACUCCUGGGAGGAUCACGGCUACUCCUUGGUCAACCGGCUAUACAACGACGUGGGAGAGCUCCUCAACGAGAAGUUCAAAGUGGCCUACAACCUCACAUACUACACAAUGGGGAGCAGAACAAACGUGGACACAUCCAUGUUCCGGAGGGCAGUCUGGAACUACAUUCAGUGCAUCUACGGCAUCAGGCACGACGACUACGAUUACCGGGAGGUUAAUGAACUCUUGGACCGGGACCUGAAAGAGUACAUCAAGGCUGUGUGCUGCUACCCAGAUCGCAUGACCAAAGAGGACUACGACAAUGUCAUGAGGGAGUUCAAGUACUCCGAGAAGGUGCACGUAACAAUCAUGAUUCUGGAGGCACGCAUGCAAGCCGAACUUCUCUAUGCACUGCGGGCACUCAUGAGGUACAUGACGUGACUCGUCCAGCGAGCAGCCAAAAUGGGACUCCCGUUACUAUCUCUUCGUGCGCGUGCCCUCUCUUGAGGCAAUGUGCACUCCAACACCUCCCCACUUUGAUGCGAGGCGGCCGGACCCCUCCAACAUGGGGAAGAAGACUCGCCGUUCUGCGACAUCUGCUGCUGUCGUCUCCUAGGGAACUUUUAGAAGAAUUGAGACCCACCGUUUCUUCAAUCCUCCUCUGCUGCUGUUAUCGACUGGUGGUUGCGUUGUCGUCAGAAUGAACCAAUGUGCACCCCCACUCCCCCCCUCCCUUCAUAUGUUCAUGUACUGUACAUUCUACUUUUUGUUUUUCGUGCAUACUCUCGAACCCUCCCAAGGACUCUUUUCCCCAAACACAUACACAUUUUCUUGUGGUUUGUUUUUAUCAUUUCUCUGCAAACUGUGAGCACUGCUUGUCUUGUUACAUGCAGUGUGUGCAGAUCAUUUCCUAAUUUAUUUGUUCUUUCAAAUGUGGGUAGGGGCGGGGUUUGUGGAAGUUCAAAGCUAAAAGGGUGGUUAAAUACUCCUCCUGUUGUGUUGCUUUUCUUCUUACCGUAAGAUGUUUUUUUUUUUUUUCUUGUGCAUAACUGAAAGCGCUGUUUUUAGUUCUUUCUUGUGUUAGGUACGUAGGUUCUUUUGAUUUACCACUACAUACUUGCUAAGAACACACCUCUUUGUGAAGAUGGCUGUUUUCUUUUUUAUUUCAAACGUUUCUUGAGUUAGUUUUAAUGUUUCCAGAGAAUGCAUCCACGUUUCUUUUAUGCGUUUAUUACUUUUGUUUAGUAGGUUCCUUGCUAAAGGAAAUAUUCUGGAAGACUAGGAAUGGUGUGGGUUGUUCCACAGUAUAGUUUUUUUUUACUUCCACAUAUGUCUAAGAAACGUGCUGUAGUUCGCCAUUUCAGCGAAGUGGCGAUAGGCCAAAUUUGUGUACCUUACUUGGAAGCAUGGAACCACAUUUGCUGCCUCCAUUCCUUUAUCAUAAAUUUUUUUUAUGUGUGUGCAAGUUUUGGCGGCAUGCAAAUGCAGCGGAAAUCGGAUCAUGGUGGAGUUCUGAGCCAGGUUUAUUUUUAUUCUUAAAUAAUGCAUUUGGCUAACUUGAUGCAAGGCUUUUGUUCAUGCUGAACUGAAACAGUGUUUGGUAAUGAAUGCCUGCUUUUAAGUGUGAGAACAUCUCAAGUUGCAGCUAUGAAUGGGCACAGACAGUGUACUGUUCACGCAUCUGGUGGUAGCUUUUCUUCAACAUUUUUUGAAGCAUUCGUAGCUCUUGCUUCUUGCAGCCCAAAAUUUUUCACCUUUUUUUUUCUGGUGACAGAACUCUUCCUGUCAGAUGUUCCGCAGUCACUGGUUUCGUAGCGUCGGCAGUACAAUGCCCAUGCAUGGCACUGGAUACUUUUCAGGGCUGUUGGGAGGAGGACUUAAAAAAAAAAAAAAAACUUUUGCCUUUGACUCGUGUUGCCUUUCCGUUUUUGUCAGCAUGGAGAUUUGUGUGGCUUGCAUGUGCAAAGCUAGCAAACUCCCAAUAAGCUACAUGCUUUCAUGUCUACUUAGCUUUAACUAUGGUUUUUCUCAAUGUGUGUAACCAAUUGGUGUGCUAAUUGAGGAGAGUCCCACCGCAAUCUAGGUAAUAUGCAAUUCUGUCCGUGACACUACCUGUUGUCUUAGAAGCUGGUGCAGUGUGUAGUAGGAACUUUGUCGGGAUGUUGUUUACCGUAGCCUCACACCUUAGCAAUGUUUACAUGAGCUGCCUCCGGGCAGUGACUGCCUUCAUGCUUGCUUCAACAAUGUCUCCUUGUUAUGGGCACUUCUCUGCCAGAAACCUAAGUGAGCCUUAGCCUUGUUCCACUUCUGUUGUACGCCAAACUGGGUGACAUGUAACUAGUGAAAUUGGUUGUAAGUUCGAAUGGCCCUGCUUUAAGCAGUGCUUGCCAGAUUGGUUUCAGAAGCUCAGCUGAGCACCUGGUGUUAGAGCUGUGGGACCUUCUAUGCCUGUUGCAUUCCUUCUGUUGUCUAAAAGCAAGCUUGCAAUCUGCAACUGUGCAAAUGCCCCCCCUUUUUUUUCUUCAGACUGCUGUGCUCAUGCUGUGAUAUGAUUGCAAAAUACUUCCUCCCACCUCACAUGAAAGGUACAUGGAUGCGGAUACCCAGUACAGUUCUUAAUUUAACCAGCUUUUUUUUGUCUAGUCCCGACUGUGAUCUCCACUUUUGACGACCGCUGCUGCGCGUGCGGGCAUCUUAUCAAGAGAUGAUGAAGCUGUCUGAAAAGUUUGUAUAUUUUGUUAGCAAUUAAAUGGUCGCCCUCUGCGCCAUCUCAGAGAUCUGGAGCUCCUUUUUUAUUGUGUGCAGAUCGAUGAACACGGUUUUUAUAGGUGACAAUAAAUUGCGUUUACAAGCCUA